AUUAAGCUCUCACCCAAAUCAAUUUCAUUUCACUAAAGGGGGAAACUAUGACAAUACUAACGACUAAAACCCAGCUUUUAAAUCCGUUAAUUCAGUUGAAAACCCCUCUCCCUCUCAAAUUUCGCCCCAAAAUGGCAUCAAUCUCCGCUCGUCUGGACAAUUCCCAGCAACAAAUGAAUCUCUCUGUUCUUAGAUUCACUUUGGGUAUUCCUGGAUUGGACGAAUCCUAUUUACCUAGGUGGAUCGGAUACGGGUUCGGUUCCCUUCUCAUAUUGAACCAUUUGCUUGGAUCCGACUCCGUUUCCGCUGCGCAGCUGAGAACGGAGGCUUUAGGUCUAUCUUUGGCUGCCUUUUCAAUUACACUUCCUUACCUUGGUAAAUUUCUCAAGGGUGCAGCUCCACUGGAUCAAACGACUCUGCCUGAAGGUGCUGAGCAAAUCUUUGUUAUGUCAGAAAAUGUGUCGGUUGCACAAAAAGAGGCUUUAGCUUGGGCAACAUAUGUUUUAUUGCGAAAUACCAACACCACCUCUGUGUUGAUAUUAACGCAAGGUGAAUUAUGUAUACGUGGAUAUUGGAAUUUGCCUGAUGGUGUAUCAAAAGAUAAUGUACUUGAUUGGUUUAAAAGUAGUAUAGAAGAAACCGGUCUCUCUGAUUUGACAGACACCCUUUAUUUCCCUCAAACUGCAGAUGCUGAAUUUUGGAAUAUACUUCCUCAGGGGACUCGUUCUGUCUUGGUACAACCAGUGCUACUCAGUCCUAAUCCAAGCAUGAAUUACAUGGGGAAUAUUGAAGGUUUUUUCCUGUUGACUUCAAGCAUGAGAUAUGCAUAUAACGAGAAGGACAGAGCCUGGAUAAGAGCUGUUUCGAACAAACUUAGAAGUAAGAACUAAUAAUGUGUGUGUACCUUACCUUCAUUCUGUUAGUUUGCUUUUUACAUCUUUGUGAAGUCUGUUUUAUACUUCUCCUGGUUUCUUUGCUACUGUCUUUUCUUGGCGACCCCAUUUUUUCAGUUUGAAAGCAAUGCCAGUAUUUCUAGUUCGCUUUUGACUUGAUGAUAAGUUUGAUGCCUUAUAAAGAGUGCCUAUCUUUUUUUUUUUUUUUCUUUACCAGCAUCUUCUUUACUGAGAUAGAUAAAAACUAAUGUUGCUUCUGGUCACCAGUAGAUUGCCAGCGCUUAAUGUAUUAGAAGUCUUUAGUAGUUGCAGGAUUAGAUUUGUUUUUAUAAUAUAAAGAGGUCUCAUUUUGUUUACGUAUUCUGAUUACAUGGAUCCUAAUUAUAAACCAAAUACCAGAUGAACGAAGAACUUGGCACUUCUAUGACAUUCUAUUACAAUCUUAAAUACUUGGAGGCCCUUGCAUGUUGCAUCUAGAUGCUGGAGAAAAUUGAUAUAGCUUGUCAAAUUGUACGACCAUAUAGAGCCACCCGUCCUUUGACCUUUUCCAUAUAUUUAGAAGAAAUGCCAUCUAUGCCUAAUGAACUCUUAAGAUGAACAAUAUAAGUUUUAUUUGCAAGAAAGUGAAAUGUUGGUGCUAUCAUUAUUCUAUAAGGAUUUGUGUGAACAUUGUUUAGUCCAACAAGGAAUCUAGAUUGUAAAUAAAUUGUUAUCUCUUUUUCUUGGAACCUUAAGUCCUUUUUUUUUUUUGGUCCAGAAUUAAUUAUUUUAUAUCCUUUUUUCUCCAUUCCAUCAAUUGAAGUUAUUGAUUUUCUUUGUGCAAUCUCAAAUUUAAGAAUGGGUUAAGGUUUAUGAUGGCAAAAACACUCAUCUAUUCCUGAGCGGAGGAAAACAGACUAUUCAUGAAUGUAAGACGAUGAAAAAAAAUAAUUUAAGAAUAGGAAAUCAGCUUUAUAUCUCUUCUGAGGUUUUAUGACAAGAUUUGAGUCAUGUCCCAAUAAAUGUGGCUCGAGAAGAUAACACAAGACAUUAUCAAACAAAUAUGUUGAAGUAUUUUAUCUUGAAUCAUUCUAUUGUAGAACAUUCCUUUCUCAAAGUUUUGUUCUUUUCAGAUGAAGCAAAAAAAUAAGAUAUUAAAUUUGCGGUUUAAUUGCUAGAGUGGCUUGGUACAACACAAGUUGAGCUGUUAUUCUUUUCCUUAAACUUCUAAUAGUAAGAUUGAGCAUAUGAGAAAAUCGGCGUGUCAUCAAUAUAUAGUACCUUGACAAAAUUGCUUUUCAUGCCUUAAUUUUGAAGUGAACAUCCCAAAAUUUUGAAGCAUUGAUCAAAUUACAGUGGUUUUAUAUCAAAGAAAUGUAAAUGCAUGACAUUUUUGUUUGCUGUUCUUAACUUAUUAUAGAUGUAUCUUUCAGAAGGAGGAAAUCCAUUCCUUUCACGAAUUAUUUGUUUGCAGGAUGAAAAUGAUUCUCACUGGACCUGCCAAAAAUCUGAAGUCAUACAAGAAGGAACUUGAAGAAUAAUGGGAUCCUACAGAACUUUCUCUUGGCCAUACACCUUUCCUUUCAUAAAAUAUUUCGAUGAAACUGAUUCUUCACUGGAUCUGUGAAGUAUCUUGUUAUACACCAAGGAGCUUGAAGAAUAAUGGGGUUCUACAGAAAUUUCUCCAGGCCAUACACUAGAUGCUGUUGAAAUUGCAUGGGCCACUCAAAUCUGACCAAGGUUGGAGAGGUUGUUGGCAAUCUGGAUGGCAUCUGGUGAGGGAAGAUCCUGUAAUCAAUGACAAGUUUAGUAUCUCAUCAGGUCAUCUACAAGGGACAUUGGAAAGAAGCUGAAAUGGCAGCUUGCUGGAGGAGAAUAGAUCCUAUAGACAGAGUUGGUGCAACUAGGCAACCCUAAAAUAUUUCGUAUUCGUUAGAAUUGCAACAAGUUACUUGGCUCUGCAAAUUAAAGCGAUAAUGCUGAUAUUGUGUCAACCGUAAUCCGAGGCACAUAAACCACACUUCUCAGACCAAAUGCUGUUGCCUAUGGGAAGUUGAAAAGAAAACUAUUAUCAGCUAUUCUAGUAUAACUUUUAGAAAAUUUACAUUUCAGUGGUCAUAUGAAAAAUAUGGUUUAUGCUUGCUUAUUCACUGAGGCUGCAAAAUAAGUUGAUAUAAGAAUAUAGUAGUGUUUAGAUACCGAACCUGUUUUACGUUGUCAUAAACUGCUGAAGGCUUAGUGAAAUCAACAACGACUCCUGUCUCUUUUGACUGAUAGAAUUAUUGUGAUCAAAAUGGUAUGACCGGUGAAGUCAACUUAAAAAGAUAUUGAAAUUGGAAUGCUACCUGAGAUAUCGAACCUAAAACCAUAGUGAGAUCAUUCACGAUAGGAAUUUCUAGAGGCUCUUCCAUAUCACACACCUAAUGUAGAAAAAGGAACUGUGUUAAAAGUUGGAUUUUAUAGCCAAGUGAUUAUUGAGGGGGUAAAAGUACAUGGAACAAGACAUGAAUGGACUUUAAACCUUUCCUAUAUCUUCUCCCACACAAUAGGAAUCCACUGCACCGGCCACCUCCAUUCCUCUAGCUUUAGUCACUGCAAUUACUGCAGCCCUUCCUAUUUCCUUUGCUGCUCCAUUUAUAACAACCUGUUUCCCCAAAUUGGGAACAAACAACUUCUUAAUCACCAUGAAUAGUAACGCAGAAAAUUUUUUGUGCAGGUAUUGAACCACUACCUUAAUAUUGCUUUGAGAGGGUUGCACUGAGCAAGAGAAGGAAGGCCUAACUCUGGCAUUGCAAGGAAGUCGAUGGAUAGCAAGAUGAAACUGGCAGCUCAAGGUCGCCAUGGAUGUUCUUAAAUAUAUUUAGCUACUGAGCCUUCUCAGCUGAUAAGGGUAAAAUCUUCUUUGCCUAAAACCUUUUAUUGUCACGCAUGCUAUGUUCCUCGGAUAAGGUUUGUGUGGGUUUUGACAAGCCUCGUUUGGAGAGUAUUGUAUGAUAGCGACAUGCAUGUCUUAGCAGUGAGCUCGUAUAAUUCAUGAAAUAGGCUGCUAAGUAUUUUAUUUUUCUUUACUCUUUUAAUUAUAAGAUUCGGUGAAAUAAAAAUUCACCGUUUGCUUUU